AUGGGAUCGUCAGGCUCAUUUCCGACAUUAGAAGACCUGCAUUUCCCAUCGGCACAGGUAUCUAUCUCACAGACACUCUCGUCUCUGCGUCGAUCGGCUCUUUCCAUUUCCAACCGGCUGGCGUCCAUUGAGGCCGAUGCUGCCUUUGUGGAGGAGGUGGCUGAGCAAUAUGACCUCCCCCUCAUUGCCAAUGAACGUUGUGGCAGUUGGUACAUAUCCCCCGAUGCCAAGAAGGGAAGUGCCUACUUCAAGAGCACAGAUGGCCAUACGGGGCAGUGGGACUUUAGCUUUCGUAGGCUGAACCUGCAGCUUCUGCCGUUAGCAAACCAACAUGGCGGAUGUGUAAUCGUGGAUUCAACCCGCCGAGGAAAAUUGAUGCCCGACGCCUUAUCCAAAACAGUCCCCAUCUGGAGUGCAGUGCUGAACCGUGCCUUAUUCCCCACGGAAACCACAUAUCACACUGUCCAAUUACCACCUAACUACCUCGGUAAAUCGGAAGAAUCGCAGAUUGAAUCCCGCAUUGAUGGUUUCGUCCAUUCUCUCAAGUCUCUCAAACUUGAUCUAGAUCAGCUGCGGCAGCAACUCGGAAAGCCUAUUCGGGUGGCUUGGGCUAACCCGGAGUACUUCUAUCCAACAGAUCUACAGAAAGACGAUGCUUCGUGUCUAUUCGUCCUGUGCUCCGCCUCAAAGCGUGUCCAUGGCGCCGAGAUGUCCGAGGGUGGAUACAUCCAAGGCGCCGGUGAUGAUAGUGAGGGCUGGGCGCAUGGGCUGACGCCUCCGGUGUUUUGGGCGAACCACGCGGUGUUGAAGCGGACUUCCGAGGAGAAUCUGCCCGGUUUGAUUGCGGAAUUGAUCACUAAGCACCAGCAGCAGCGUGGCGAACAGGAAGCGACACUUAUCUCCCCGACUAAGAAUCUGUAUCUCAAUCCGACAGAUCCUAGUGUCAACGAUGGUGGCAAGUACGAUCUUGUCAUUGACUGCAACGGCGACUCUGCUGCCGUGCAGGAGAAUCCAAAACGUCUCAAUUUAGGUUGUGCGUCGGCCAAGUUGGGAAGUCGAGAUCUACGAAAGUCAUUGGAUAAAGUGCGAGAUUUUGUUCAUACACAACUUGAAUCAAACUCGUCGCAGUCAAUUUUGGUGACAUGUGACUCGGGCAAGGAUCUCUCGGCGGGAGCAAUUCUGGCCAUUGUCUGCCAAUUUUACAAUGAUAACGGUGAAUUCGAUGCGUCUUUGAGCAAACGCACGAUUAGCAAGACAUUCAUCCGACAACGUCUCGCGUGGAUCGUGUCAUCGAAACAUGACGUGAAUCCUUCUCGCUCGACAUUGCAGUCGGUGAAUGCCUUCCUGAUGCAACCUCCGGAUUAUUGA